UCAUGUCUCACCCUUCGUGGCUGCCCCCCAAGAACACUGGGGAAUCCCUUGGUCAUGUUCCUGCUCGGAUGGAGACGACUCAUUCCUUUGGGACUCCUAGCAUCUCCGUGUCCAUGCAGCAGCCACCCAAGAAGUUUGCUCCAGUGGUCGCCCCCAAGCCUAAAUACAAUCCCUACAAGGCUCCCGGUGCUGAAGUCAGCCGCUGCUCUCGUGGAACGUUUCUGAGCCGGUCUACACCGGCAGCAGGUGUAUGCGCGACCACUGGCCCUGGGAGAGGCGAUGGGGGCCCCAUUGUGCGGAGCCUCAGGGGCGGGGGCGAGCGGGCUUUGGGCAUCCACCCUGGCUGGUCCCCUGCUCCGGGCUCCGCCUCUCUGGACGGGCAGCUCUCCAUCUGGUGGCACGGGAAUCCUGGGAGCAAGACUCUGGAGGAGCGUCGUUCCAGUUUGGAUGCAGAGAUUGACUCCUUGACCAGCAUCCUGGCCGACCUAGAAUGUAGCUCCCCUUACAAGCCGAGGUCUCAGCAGGGAGCUGCCAUUUCUACGGCUUCACCUCCAGUCUCCACACCGGUCACGGGGCAUAAAAGAAUGGUCAUCCCCAACCAGCCCCCUCUAACAGCCACCAAGAAGUCCACCUUGAAGCCCCAGGCAGCGAGUCAGCCCUCACCCAUCCCUGUGGCUCCCAUAGGAUUGCUGAAGCCUCAGCCUCAGCCAGUCCCGGCCUCCUACACGACGGCAUCCACACCAUCGAGGCCCACAUUCAACGUCCAUGUGAAGUCGGCCCAGCCCAGCUCUCACUUCAUGCCUGCCGGUUCCCCUGGACAGUACUACAGCUCUGGCCCGAGCCAUGCCUAUGCUCCUCAGGCUCCUCCUGGGCCGGGUCCUGCUCAUUAUGUCCCCCCAACAUCCCGGGGUGGCCCCGAGUACGGCUACACUCCGCCUCCUGGCCGUCAGCCAGAGCCUGCCUACAGCUAUGCCCCCAGUCAAGGCCGGUACCAGGAGCCUUACUACCCAGCCUAUGGGGGACGCAAUGGUUCCGAGGCAGGUUAUGGGCAGCAGAAUCCCUGGAAACCCGAGCCAGCUUACGCCCCGCCUCCUCAAGCUGGGCCCCCGAAUCCUGCUGGGCUGUACCAGCCCCCAGAGCCCAAGAAGACGUACAUCACCGAUCCCGUGUUAGCUCCUCAGAACCCAGGACCCCCGCAGCCCAAGGGUGGCCACCCGGGUCCUGCGGGCGCUGCGUCUGGCCAGUCCUUCCGGCCGGAGGAUGAGCUGGAGCACCUCACCAAGAAGAUGCUGUAUGACAUGGAGAACCCUCCGUCCGAUGAAUACUUCGGCCGCUGUGCCCGCUGUGGCGAGAACGUCGUUGGCGAAGGCACCGGCUGCACCGCCAUGGACCAGGUCUUCCACGUGGACUGCUUCACCUGCAUCGUGUGCAGCACCAAGCUCCGCGGGCAGCCCUUCUACGCCGUGGAGAAGAAGGCCUACUGCGAGCCCUGCUACAUAAACACCCUGGAGCAGUGCAACGUGUGUGCCAAGCCCAUCAUGGAGCGGAUCCUCCGGGCCACCGGGAAGGCCUACCAUCCCCACUGCUUCACCUGCGUCAUGUGUCGCCGCAGCUUGGACGGGAUCCCGUUCACCGUGGACGCGGGCGGCCACAUCCACUGCAUCGAGGACUUCCACAAGAAAUUUGCUCCUCGAUGCUCAGUGUGCAAAGAACCAAUUAUGCCUGCUCCAGGCCAAGAGGAGACUGUGCGUAUUGUGGCUUUGGAUCGGGACUUUCAUGUUCAAUGCUACCGAUGUGAGGAUUGUGGCGGCCUCCUGUCUGAAGGGGACAAUCAGGGCUGCUACCCGCUGGAUGGCCACAUCCUCUGCAAGACCUGCAACUCAGCCCGCAUCCGCGUCCUGACUGCCAAGGCCAGCACUGACCUCUGA